AUGCAAAAGUUGUUCAUCGUAAUAGCAUUAAUAUGCUUUAGCCUCGCUACGGCUGCGCCACAUCAUAGUCGACACCAUCGUCACGGUAGUGGUCAUCAUCGAGCGCGUCGUUCCGAUCAGAAUCCAUCGGGUGGUGUGGAACAUUCUGAAUCGUCUGGAGAGGAUCAUUCUGAAUCGUCUGGAGAAGAUCAUCCUCGAUCACGCCGUUCUGAUCCAGUUCCAGCGACUGGCGGAGAUCAUUUAAGAUUCCGUCAUGGUAAUCAUUCUGAAUCGCAUAGCAAGCAUCGUUUUCCAUCCGGUCAUGGCAAUCAUUCAAAAUCCCAUGCUGAGCAUCGUUUUCCAGCCGGUCAUGGCAAUCAUUCUAAAUUGCAUGGUGGGAAUCAUCCUCGAUUGCGUCGUGCUGAUCAGCUUCCAUUGACCCUUGGGGAUCAUGCUAAAUUAGUUCACCAACAUCAUGACAAGUUCGCUGCUGCACAUCAUGCUAAAUUGGCUGAUGAGCAUCAUGACAAGUUGGCUGCUGCACAUCAUGCUAAAUUGGCUGCUGAGCAUCGCGUUCCUUAUGGUCAUCCCAACCAUUUUGACAGUGAACAUCACUGA